CCCAAGACGAACACAAAACACUGUUGAUCAGCGAUAAGUCUGUGUCCUCAUGAGGAAGCUCAGAAGAAGCCGAAAAGGCCGAGGGUGAGCUGGUGUUUUAGUUGAGAUCCACCAGAAGCAACUCCUGCAGAAGACGCACACUUUGUUAAAGGACUCAGGACCAGAGUGAGGAUGAUUUUGUGUGAGGUCCAGAGCGCAUUUCAGAUCAGACGGGGGUGGAUGCUGUGGAUCUUCCUCCACCUCAGGAUCUCAGGCACCGACUGCCUGUUCACCGUCCACCAGCCCCCCGCGGCCAGCGCCGCUCUGGGCCGCGACGUGGUCCUGCCCUGUCAGCUCCGCUCCUCUCCCCAUGUCAGAAUGGGCCACCCACCAGUUCUGUACUGGGAGCACUUGUCGCAUCGUGACUGUCCCAAACUGUGGCCGGUUUCUGAGGGCUAUAAGGGACGCGUCGAGCGCCUGGACAACAACUCCCAGUCUGCAAACAUGUCCAUACUGUUAAAACACGUUCAGUGGGCGGACGCCGGCAAAUACCAGUGUAAACUUUCCAUCCACCCAGAAAAAAUGAGAAGUUUCAGGAAGAAAGGAAACGAAACUCUGCUGACAGUGUACGACAACUUAACCUUCAACCUGAGCAAACACAACCACUCUCUCCUCCUGUGUGAAGUGAACGUCUCACACAAACCUGGAUGCGUCCUGUCCGUCCUUCACAACGGAUGCAGGCUGCCCACAGUCGCCUCCGCUCGAGGUCCCGGCGCCGGCUCGGCCAAUGUCACGCUGUCUGAGCGCGUUUCUCUGAGAGGCGCUGGAAAAUAUGAGUGUUGGCUGCAUGUGAACCAAGAGGUGGUGGCUAAGAGUGUCCUCCACUAUCAGCCGCCUGGUCCGGGUGGAGGUGGGGAAAACGUCACCACGUGCUCGUCCAUGCUCUCCGGGGUGGUGGUGGUGUCCCCGGAGCCGUGGCUCCUGUACGUCGGCCUCCUCCUGGUGCCCAUCACCUUCCUGCUGGGGAUUCUGACGGCUCGGGUGCUGUGCAAAGCCUGAACCUCUGACCUAUGACAGAACCAAUCUAGACUCUCGACCCGUAUGAAGGCGUCUGUGUUGUCAUUGUUAUUUAUCAUGUUCUGGCUUAUUGUUUCCACUUAAUCCAGUUCCUCAUUAAAUCAUCGUUUGUCAUUUGUGACAUAUGAUGAAUUAAGACACAAAUACAUUACGUAUACAGACGUUUUGUUUUAGGAAUUAACUGAAACAGCAACAAACCAGUGAAAAACCAGCACAGAGGAAAACACCUGAAAUUAUGAAUGCUCCUAUUAAAGGUCCAUGCACAUGCUCUUUUUCAUGUUGAAUAAUCCUAAAGAAUUUAACCUUGAUGUCUCAGUAAGGCGUCUGUAACUUUUCAUGCCAAAAAGCUCUAUCGAGCGCCCACACGGCCCGUCUGAAACGUGCGUUUUAAGCUCUCAUACACAACGCUCUGUUUUAAGGCUGUGUCGCAAGCAAAGUUGAAGGCCACACCCCUUUGAGGAAGCGCAUAGCCGUGAUCCGGCGGGGAUCAAAAGUCACGGUCACUGAAUCCAUUGUAACAGCGAAACUGGCUAACUUGUUCUCAUAGUGGAGUUCAACCAUAUGUUUGAUCCAAAAUCUGACUCUGAAGUUGAAUGUGAGGCUGUUGAAGUGGUUACACUUUGACUGUCACAAGGUUUGUCUCAAUGGCAAUUUCACAUUUCAUUCACUUUAUUGAUUUAUAUAAUACACAACUUGAUUAGCGGCUGCUAACAUUAAUAGCAAUGGUUGCCAAUAUGCAGCCAGAAUUAAUACAACAGAAUAUUCAUAACACGACUACAGCCUGUUUGGGAGCAUAGCUCGAUAAACUAAUAUAAACUCAUUUUACAUGUUUUUUUCCUUUCUCGUUCUGCUGCUGUGUCAAAAUAAUUUCUCCAUAUUGGGACAUUCAGCUGCAGCUUAUAUUUUGCCGCAUUUUUCUUUAAUUAAGUGCCAAUGUGGGAACGGCAUGGUGUGACAGCAACUGUUGCUGUCAAGAUAUUGCAUGUCUUUAAUACUUUGAUUAAUUUGAAAUUUAAAUUUAGAUAAAUCUUACCUCAAGACGCCGGAACAGUUGCCAAACCUACUGUCAUGUAUGGUUGAUGAUCCAGGACUGGAGCCAGUAUGUUUGAAUGUGUGAUUAGUACAGAACGCAUUUAAUAUAGAGUUUAGCAGACAACUAUGGACAAUUACACAUGCAUGGAAUAAAUCAGUAUCUCAGAAUUUAAUAACCAAUUUUAGAACAUUUUACUAUUUACAGAUUAAUCAUUGCAUAACGUACCUGGGAACUCUGGUUUACAAACAUAGCUUUGGUUCUAAAUACAUAUUGACCUAAUAUAUUUUUAAUUGCUUUUAGUAAGUUGUAUGAUAUAUCAAGUGCUAAUAAAUAAUUAAUUAAAAAAAUAAUAAAUAAAAAAAUAAUUUGACAGUA